AUGAAUUCACGUCAAUAUCCACAAGGUUAUAAAGAUAAUGGUGACUCUGCUCAAAUUGACGAGACUCUAGUUGCACAUGAAGGCAACGAGGAUUUGUCCGCUUUUCUUUCAUCAAUAUGCCACCCUGGGCCCUAUGUUGCAGAGCAGAAUAUAUCAGACUACGACAAAGUGCCUGAUUCCUCUUUUCCUACAUCCGCACUCUCGUAUGAGCUCGCUGGGUCAGCGGAGGCGGAAUCCCUUCCCGUGACUCAUGAACAAUUCCCUUUUGAGCCCCAUGCAAGCUCUUCCUGGUCGUAUAAUGAAGAGUUUCAUACUUCGCAGUUGGCAGGUCCAUCUUUCAGUCACGACCCGUCACUCUCUCCGGCCUUUCCAUUACCCAUUGCUUCGGUGUCCGGUGGAAGUCAUGGCAGGGAAUUCGAAAACCCAAGACCAAGAUCAACUCCAAUAUGGCCGAUGAGCCAAUUCAUUCCACCUCAAAAUCGCCAGCGCCAAGAACUUCCGCGACGCAGAAGCAGGUAUCAUAUUCGUGAUACUGACAGAGGGACAAGUCCCGUAUUCAUACCGCCAAAUGCAAAUCCGGCCCAUCCGCUGGAACGCUGGAAGGAAUCGCCACCUGAGGGUGAAGCUGCCAGUCUCUCAGCCAUUCGAAAUGCGCUUCAGAAUCCGUCAAUUUAUUCAACAGGACACGAGGAACAGCAAGACCAUGAUAGCUGGUAUAGCACAUCUAAUCCGGGCGUUGCUGAGCAGUUCCGCCAUCAUCGCGCUACUAAUUCUCGACCUGCUUCCAUCACAAGCGCAGAAACCCCUGUCAGCGCCUCUUCCAGGAGGUCUGACAAGUCGGGCGUCUCCAACAGCAGUCGAUCCCAACACAAGUCGACUGCUGGAGUCAAACGAAAUAAGGCAAGCGGAGGGAAGAAGAAGCGGAUGACUUCAGCCACUGCUCCUCGAAUAUUCUGUUGCACUUUCUGCUGUGACAAAUUUAAAAGCAAGUAUGACUGGGUAAGACAUGAGAAAUCCCUUCAUCUCAACCUAGAGACCUGGGUUUGCGCACCACAUGGAGGAUGCGUGAUACUUCCAUCGACCGGCCGUGUCCAUUGCGCCUACUGCAAUCAGCUCGAUCCCUCGGCCAACCACCUUGAACAACAUGACUAUUCGGCCUGCAAGCGACAGAAUCGUAUCUUCAAACGCAAGGACCAUCUAAUCCAACAUCUGCGUCUUGCCCACCGCCUGGAAACGAUGCCCUUGAUCGAUGACUGGAAACAUGUCGUCACUGACUUCCCUUCUCGUUGUGGCUUUUGUGGCGGCCGAAUGUCUACUUGGGAUGAGCGAGCCAACCACUUGACACUUCACUUCCGGGAAGGCCGCAAUAUGGCCAGCUGGAAAGGCGAUCAUGAGUUUCCCCCGGAGAUCGCUGCUCAAGUUACACACAGUGUACCACCAUAUCUCUUGGACUUUGAAUCUCGAACGUUCGUGCCUUUCUCUGCGACCAACCGCGCCGUCAGUGAUCAUCUUUCUCAGAUGAUGACUCGCGCCACAUUUUCUGGUACUGAGGAUGGUCAGCAUGUCUCACCCGAGGCUGCGGACGUUGACCCUGAACCUAUACCUGAAUCGGAUUUCCAAUUGGAUUCCUAUACGCAGGUGCUUACUCGUCACUUGAGUCACUAUGCACAGCAGAAUAUGAUGCUAGGGGUGAUUCCUUCGGAUGAGAUGUUCCAGCUAGAAGCUAGACGUCUUCUCUUUGAUUCGGAAGACUCUUGGAACCAGACUAUGGCGGAUAACCCCGAGUGGUUGGCUAAAUUCCGGAGUGAUCGAUACAAUGAUAGCCUGCCUCAGACUCCAGACGAGCUUGUGAACGACAUAUCUCGUGAUCAUUGA